CGCCGCCGCUCGGCCCCGUCCGCCGCCGCCGCCCCGCCAUGGCCUCCGUGGCGGCCCCCGGGCAGGGCGGCUCCGCGCCCCCCCUCGCCGUCCAGCGCGGCAUCGUCAAGAUGGUGCUCUCGGGAUGCGCCAUCAUCGUCCGCGGACAGCCCCGGGGCGGGCCGCCGCCCGAGCGGCAGAUCAACCUGAGCAACAUCCGCGCCGGCAACCUGGCCCGCCGCGCGGCCGCCGGGCAGCCGGAUGCCAAGGACACCCCGGAUGAGCCCUGGGGCUUUCCUGCUCGCGAGUUCCUGCGCAAGAAGCUCAUCGGGAAGGAGGUCUGCUUCACGGUGGAGUACAAGACCCCGCAAGGCCGCGAGUACGGGAUGGUGUACCUGGGCAAAGACACAAGCGGCGAGAACAUUGCCGAGUCUCUCGUGGCAGAAGGACUGGCCUCCCGCAGGGAAGGAAUCCGAGCCAAUAAUCCUGAGCAGAACAGACUGGCAGAGCUGGAGGAGCAGGCCAAGAUUGCAAAGAAAGGGAUGUGGAGUGAAGGGACAGGCUCUCACACGAUCCGGGAUCUCAAAUACACGAUCGAAAAUCCUCGGCACUUUGUGGACUCCAUGCACCAGAAGCCAGUCAAUGCCAUCAUAGAGCACGUCCGGGACGGCAGCGUGGUGAGAGCGCUCCUCCUUCCUGAUUACUACCUGGUCACAGUCAUGCUCUCGGGCAUCAAGUGCCCCACGUUCAAGCGGGAGGCAGACGCCCCAGAAGUCCCCGAGCCGUUUGCGGCAGAAGCAAAGUUCUUCACGGAGUCACGGCUGCUGCAGAGGGACGUGCAGAUUGUUCUGGAGAGCUGCCACAACCAGAACAUCCUGGGCACCAUCCUGCACCCGAACGGCAACAUCACGGAGCUGCUGCUGAAGGAAGGCUUCGCCCGCUGCGUGGACUGGUCCAUCGCUGUGUACACGCGCGGGGCGGACAAGCUGCGCGCUGCCGAGAGGUACGCCAAGGAGCGCAAGCUGAGGAUCUGGAGGGACUACGUGGCUCCCACGGCGAACCUGGAUCAGAAGGACAAGCAGUUUGUAGCCAAGGUGAUGCAGGUGCUGAACGCCGACGCCAUCGUGGUGAAGCUGAACUCGGGAGACCACAAGACCGUUCACCUCUCCAGCAUCCGGCCGCCCAGGCUGGAGGGCGACGGCGCGCAGGACAAGAACCGGAAGCUGCGGCCGCUCUACGACAUCCCCUACAUGUUCGAGGCCCGGGAGUUCCUGCGCAAGAAGCUCAUCGGGAAGAAGGUGAACGUCACGGUGGACUACAUCCGCCCCGCGAGCAGCGCCACCGAGACCGUGCCCGCCUUCUCCGAGCGCACCUGCGCCACCGUCGCCAUCGGCGGGAUCAACAUCGCCGAAGCCCUGGUCAGCAAGGGCCUGGCCACCGUCAUCCGCUACCGGCAGGACGACGACCAAAGGUCCUCGCACUACGACGAGCUCCUGGCCGCCGAGGCUCGAGCCAUCAAGAACGGCAAAGGACUGCACAGCAAGAAGGAGGUGCCGAUUCACCGGGUGGCGGAUAUCUCCGGGGACACGCAGAAGGCGAAGCAGUUCCUGCCGUUCCUGCAGCGGGCCGGCCGCUCCGAGGCCGUGGUGGAGUACGUCUUCAGCGGCUCCCGCCUCAAGCUCUUCCUGCCCAAGGAGACCUGCCUGAUCACCUUCCUGCUCGCAGGUAUCGAGUGUCCGCGCGGCGCCAGGAACCUGCCGGGGCUGGUGCAGGAGGGAGAGCCCUUCAGCGAGGAGGCCGCGCACUUCACCAAGGAGCUGGUGCUGCAGCGAGAGGUGGAGGUGGAAGUGGAGAGCAUGGACAAAGCCGGCAACUUCAUCGGCUGGCUGCACAUCGACGGCGUCAACCUCUCGGUGGCCCUGGUGGAGCACGCCCUCUCCAAGGUGCACUUCACCGCCGAGCGCAGCCCCUACUACAAGUCGCUGCUCGCCGCCGAGGAGGCCGCCAAGCAGAAGAAGGAGAAGGUCUGGUCCCACUACGAGGAGGCGCCGGUGGAAGAGGUGGUGCCGGUGCUGGAGGAGAAGGAGCGCACGGCCAACUACAAGCCCGUCUUUGUCACGGAGAUCACGGAUGACCUGCACUUCUACGUGCAGGACGUGGAGACGGGUUCCCAGCUGGAGAAGCUGAUGGAGAACAUGCGGGGCGAGAUCGCGGCGCACCCGCCCGUGGAGGGCUCCUACGUGCCGCGCCGCGGCGACUACUGCAUCGCCAAGUUCGUGGACGGAGAAUGGUACCGGGCGCGGGUGGAGAAGGUGGAGUCGUCGGCCAAAGUGCACGUCUUCUACAUCGACUACGGCAACAAGGAGACGCUGCCGUCCGCGCGCCUCGGCGCCCUGCCGCCCGCCUUCAGCACCCGCGUCCUGCCCGCCCAGGCCACCGAGUACAAGUUCGCCUUCAUCCAGGUGCCCCAGGACGAGGACGCGCGGGCGGACGCGGUGGACAGCGUGGUGCGCGACAUCCAGAACACCCAGUGCCUGCUCAACGUGGAGCACGUGGGGCCCGGCUGCCCCCACGUCACCCUGCAGUUCGCCGACUCCAAGAGCGACGUGGGGCUGGGGCUGGUCAAGGAGGGGCUGGUCAUGGUGGAGGUGCGCAAGGAGAAGCAGUUCCAGAAGGUGAUCACCGAGUACCUGAACGCCCAGGAGACGGCGAAGAGCGCCAGGCUGAACCUGUGGCGCUACGGGGACUUCCGCGCCGACGACGCGGACGAGUUCGGAUACAGCCGCUAAGGGACGCUUCGGGGCCCGGCCGUGCCCCCCCCCCCCCCCGCCGCCACCGCACUAACGCCCCCCCCCCGCCCGGCCCCCCGCGCCCCUGUCCCCGUCCCCGGGCCCGGAUGGGGCGGGGCGGGGGGGCUGGCAGUGGCCCAGCGCCUUCGGGGCCCCCCCAACCCCCGGGCUCGGCUCGGCGGGGGGGCGGGUGGCCCGGGGGGGGGGGGGUCCCGGCCCCCCUCGCCCGCCCCCGCCGCCGCCCUGGCCUGUAUUUAAAGCUUUGGAGGCCCAAUAAAAGUAGUCAAGCGUGGC